AUGUAUCUAAAUGCAGGUUUCAUGCUUGGCGUUUUCUCAGUCGCUCUGGGUGCACCACUAUUCACCACAAACUCACCGUCUGUCAUCAACGGUCUGGAAAAGAGACAACCCAACGGAUUUCCGUUCACUCUUCUGGCAUCAGUCAUCGCUUCGUUGACUGAUGGUGCAGCAAUCGCGCUUCUUGGUGCUCCAAAGGUGGCCGGUGGUCCAGCAGAUCCUUUGGCUUUCCUUCAGAACUUACUAGGCCAAAAAGACGCAAACAAAAAGCGUCAAAUCUUUGACGAUAUCACCAACCCUACGGCGCUGGUGUCUCAGGUUACGGCAGCAGCUACGGAUGGAGUUGCUCUAUCAGUUCUUGGAGCAAAGCCCGUUGCAGGGGGUGGAAGCAAUCUCUUGAAUUUGCUGCCAAAUACAAAUGGCGAGCUCAUUCCCCUAGGCUUGCUAGACGUCCUUGCUGCUCGGCAUGCUGUAACCAAGCAACCAACAAUGAGCUCGUUCGUGACUCCUCACGCCGAAACAUUCAUAGACAUCUCAUACCCAAUAAGCCAUGCUGAUCACGACGACUUUCCCAUCAGCAAGCGAGCCGUAUCCAUGAAUGUCGUCCAUCCUCGACAGUUGAGUCAGCUCCCUACUUUAUUGGAUGGUCUCUCGUCUGAAUUAACAGAUCCUCUCGCCAAUGUAAUAAAUCAAAGCCUGUAA